UGCUACGGAAGUGCGGACGUGCUGAAGCAGUGGCGUGUGGGCCCUAGCCAGCUAUACCGGGCUGUAACGCAAGUAAACUGAAUAAAAACAAACGUGAAUGUCAGUGUUUCAUAUUUCAUGUAGAUAGCUUACAGUUUAUCAGCCUGCGGUCUGACAAUGGGAGCGAACAACAGUACCCGCCGCGUGUCGUUUGAGUCAGACGAGAACGAGAAUAUAACAGUGGUGAAGGGCAUACGGCUUUCUGAGAAUGUCAUCAACCGCAUGAGGGAACCUGAAGCUCCUCCCAAACCUCAACAUGCUCCCACUCCACCUCCUCCCAUGGCACCCAUCCUCACUCCUUCUAUCCUGCGGCCAGUGCCGCCCCUCUUCGACCCGAUCACCCCCUUGCCUUCUCCCCCUCCUCCUCUCGUAGAACCUGUUGCACCUCCAGCUCCUCCUCCACCUGCUCCAUCUGCCACAGAGACUGUGGCUGCACCUCCACCACCUCCUCCUCAACCAUCUACAGAACAGGUAGCAGCGCCCACCAUCAUUGACAUGGUGCUUCCAUCCUCAUCAGCCCCAGCUGCUGCUGAUGCUGUCACUGCUGCUCCUGCUUUUGAGCCCGUGGCAGCACCUCCUCCUCUUGCUCCUGCUCCUGCUCCUGCUGCUGCUGAGCCAGUCAUUUUGCCUCUAUCUCUCCCACCCGCUGCUCCCGCUGCUCCCCUGAUUCCCGCUCCCUGCCCUGCCCCGGCUGGGGUGGAAGCAGCCCCUCCGCUUGCUCCUCCUUCCCUUGCAAUUGAAUCAUCACCUCCAAACCAAUCAAUCGCUUCUGCUCCUCCAAUAAUUGAACCCAUUGCUCCUCCACAUGUGAUUGAGCCCACUGCUCCUCCAUCUGUAGCUGAAUCCAUCCCUCCUCCUCUUCCUCCUGUUGAAAUGGAACCCAUCAUUGCUACCCCUCUUCCCAAAUCGGAACCCCUCUCUCCCCUGCCUGUUUUCGAGCCUGUCACCGUCCUGCCAAAUCCUCCAGGGGACACCAUGUCCCCGCAGCCUGCUGAGCCAUUUGCUGCACCUCCCUUGCCUGAGUUUAAUGCUCCUUGUGAACCAGUUGCACCUCCUCCUCAGCCCCCAGUGGAGCCAGUAUCCCCUGCUCCUGUCCCUGAGCCAGUGGUAGUGCCUGAAUCAAUUUCGGUCCCACCACCACCUCCUGCUGCACCAGCCGUUGAUGAAGAGGCCCUGAGGAAGAAGAUCACUGAUGAGCUGCAUAAAAGCUUGGAGCAGGACAGGGCCAAGGCAGAGCAAGAGCUGCAAGCCUGGAUUAAGGCGGAGAAGGACCGGGCAGCAGCCCAGGCUCAGUCCGAUGCCCAGUCCCAGGUGCAGGAUGAAGUGUCCAGGAUCCUGUCCGUGGAGCGGGCUGUGGCCCAGGAGAGCAUCCAGCAGGCUGUAAUACGAGAGAGGAUCGCCACUGAGGACGAGAGACUCCGCGCUCAACUCUACGAGAUUGGACGAAAGGCCAAGCAGCUGGCGGCCAGAGAAGCAGACCUAAACAAGCAGGAUGCUUUCUACAGAGAGCAGGUGGCCCGGCUGGAGGAGAGGAGCGCUCAGUUCUACAAGGUCACCACGGAGAACUACCAUAAAGCUGCCGACCAAGUGAACGCCAAGUUCAAGCGGUAUGAGGCGUAUCCUGUGUGUGCAGACCUGCAGGGCCAGAUCCUCGCAUGCUACAAGGAGAACGUCGGAAAAACCCUCCACUGCUCCAACAUAGCAGCCCUUUACCUCCAGUGUGUCAACAACGCCAAACAGAACAAGUUGAGGACCGGGGGUUAAGGAAGUUAAUAAAAGGCGAGAGCAAUGAAGAGUUUAUUGUGUGGGAUUACUGAUUAUCGACCGACUGACAAACCAGAGUGGAGGAAAGUGAGGAAUGAGUCAGCACCAAGACACGCACCCUCAAAACCAACACGGCGAACCGAACCGGACCAGACUAGAGGCACCGAACACAGCACCCUGAUAGAGAAAUAGACACCUUUUACCCCUUGAUUCCUAUCUCCUUCCCUACCUCUCUUACCUUCUGUCUAUCUCUCCUGUGAGUACGUAGGGAGGCAGUGACACUCUAAGAUUUUGGAGAAGACGAAGAAGUGAUAAGACCCAGCAGGCUUGAACUCGGCCCGCUAUAAGGACAGUAAAUAUAAACCUGGAAGACCACAACAAAGUGACCUCUGUUACAAAUCACUUUGACCCAUCCCCUCUCAUUCCACUCACAUAUCGUUAGCGAAAUAAAAGUCUAUUUUUACUAAUAAAAGUCAGUCCUAUUUUGCUGUCCAUAAUUCAUUGUUUUCCUGCUCCUACUGCACUACCCUGUACACGAAAUACACAUGUACGCAUCUGUUUCUUCUUUGCAUCUGUUCUUGUGAGUUUGUGUUAUGUUAAUAAUGUAACAAUCUGCUGUGUUGAGCAUUCAUCCCGACCAACACUUGUGACAACGUCUGAUCAGAGGAAAUAAAAAGACGAAACGAUGCAGG